AUGGUUGAUGAGGGAAUAGUGCAGUCAACUACAGUCAACACUGUGUCUCUUUCGAGCUACAGCCAAGUCUAUAUCUCAGUCUGGGCUGAGAAUGGGGCUGGCCUUCUCAGCACUCCAUCUCACUCCCUGUUCGAGCUGCUCCCUGGAGGGAUGGUGUCCAUUGUCCGCCGGUGUACCGCACACAGCUGCCUUGGCCAUUGUAUCUGUGCCCCUCACGACCAGGUCUGCCAUUAUGCAGAUAGAACAUGCAGCGUACAGACGUCAGCUCCAACAGACAACACGCUAGCUGUCUAUGAUGUGAUUGACCUCAACUUCCCUGCUAGCCCGACAGAAGCUGAUGAUGUUGACUAUUCCCCCUCCCGCUGCACGCUAGCUGCUGUCUGGAAGAUAGACAAUACGCAAGGAAGGGCACCCAUAAGGUAUGAAUACAGUGUAGGAAUAGCAUCUAGCCCAAGUUCACCCAACGGAAUCUUCAGUGUUGCGUUUGAUCGAUUUUGGUUUGAUGCAGGGCAGAAUACCCAUGCUAUCGUCACGCUGCCAAGAGGAAAGAAGCUUUCGGUCAUGACAAAAUAUAUCUUCUUCGUACGAGCCUGGUAUGAUGCAGACACAUACGCGGAAUUCACAUCAGACGGCGUGUAUCCUGAUGUCACUGCGCCCGAAAUAAGUACAGUCAGAGGAGUGAGGGUAAAGGACACAAGAACACUGGAGGCCACUAUUGAUGUAGACUAUAGCACCAGCCCAUCCCAAAACUUUUUCAAUUGGAACGAGCGGUUUAGAGACUUUAGUACUGAAGCCAUUGGUUAUUACAAGCUCAUGUUGGGCACGUUUCCAGGAGGCCAGAAUACGCUAAGUCUUCAAGAUGUUGGAAGUUUGACGAAUCAAUCUGUCUCGGCUACCCUUCCUGUCGGAAAGAGACACUUCUGCUCUAUCAUGGCAUACAAUUACGCAAAUCUCCAUUACUGGGAUUACUCUGAUGGUUUCAUUGUUGACACGGAAAACCCACUUCCAGGAUAUGUCAUUGAUGGUCUCGGCUCUCAUGAUGUCGAGUACCAGAAUUUCACAACAGAAGUAUCAGCGAACUGGCACGGGUUCUUAGACCGGCAUUCCUUCGUUGAUCACUAUAUAUGGUGUGUUGGAAGUAGCAAGGAUUCUGGGGAAUGUACAAUUCUGAGUGAGACAAAUGUAGGCCUUACGACGAAAGGACAAGCUGCAGUGUCAGUCAUGGCAACUGGAUCCAUUUUCUACAACAAAGUUCGUGCCGUUGAUGCUGCGGGGCUGUCAUCAGAUGUCGUCGUGAGUGACGGUGUUGUUGUUGACGAUACACCCCCAGUGGUCGCGUCGAAGCUUGCCUGCGAUUCUACAAAUCUCAUAGGUAACCCAUCAUUCGAGUACGACUCUGAUGCUUUAGAUUUCGAUGCAGCCGUGGCGGAGCCAAGCCAAGUCGGCGACCGUAUCUCGGUUGGCUCUUGGACCAAAGGCAGCGUGACGGAAUGGGAGCUGUUGGGCUCGCAACAAGUGUUGGCAAAAGACGGACAACAAUUCUUAUUGUUUUACGGGGAUGUCUCACAGACUCUAACUGGACUUGCAGCGUAUGAGAAGUACCGAUUAUCGUUCGAGGCAAGCCAUGUCGCACCAGGAAGCUUACCUUUACUUGCCCAAGAAGGCAGACUUGAAGUUCCUGGAGUCAGCCAUGUGUUCAGCCUGUACAGUAGGCCAUCUAGGUAUGACCACAUGCAAGACGACUUGAAAAAACACAUAGACUGGCAAAGGCACGUGUACUACUUUACUACAGAAACCACAUCCGCUCUUAUUAAGUUUUCAUCAUUGGGAGAGAAGACUGGUAUUGCCUUGGACUCUGUGUCGGUCGUGCAUUGUCAGGAUGGAUCACGUCCACAACCGCACAGGGUGUCCCCAUUCAACAAUCAUACCCAACCUCUGCAGGUUCACACAGGUUUCCUUCACGACUGGUCAAUACUACGGGCGACUUGGGACAUGGUCGAUUUGGAAUCGCCAAUUGUGGACUACCGCUGGGCAAUUGGGACCGUUCCUGGUGGGACUCAACUUCAGGGCUGGGAGUCGGUCGGCCGUGCUAAUACUGCUAUGAACAGUGGCCUGCAGAUGUAUCAUAAUUCGAACGUGCAUGUGACAGUGAUCGGGACCAACAGGGCAGGCCUGGAUACUAAGAUUGCGUCUGACCCCAUAUUGGUCGACCUAACUGCACCUGUGAUUUACUACAUACGAGAUGGAUUAGGAAGUGAUGACCUCAAACUACAGUCCAGCGCUGACAUUAGCAUCAAUUUUGACGUUGCCGAUAAUGAGAGUUGGAUUGAUUAUUGUGAAUGGGGCCUAGGUUACAUCUCGGGUUCCUUGGGCCUGAUGAAUUUCACGAACAUCGGCGACAAUCACACCGCCACAGCUUUCCUCAAUGGCUCCAGCAUCCCAAAUGGCGCAACAGUCUAUGGCACGGUGCGUUGCUUCAACCUGGCUGGUUGGUCUUCAAUUAUGUCCUCAGAUGGUGUGAUCAUCGUUAAGGAAGCGCCAUCUACGUCAGGGGCGAUCGUACAGAUCAGGCCAUGGGGGGCGUCGCGGUACGCAACGGCUAAUCUUUACCAGUCGAGUAACGAUACCCUACAUGUCAUGUGGGAUGGGUUCGAUGAUGCCAGUGGCAUACUUUACUAUGAGGUUGCGCUAAAAGGCUAUUACUAUCUUAAGAGUUUCAAGACUCUCGCAACUAAUAAGGAAAAGUUUGCGAUUCUACCUGACUUGACAUUACGACCAGGAGAGACAUAUGAAGUGUCCAUCAGAGCUACCAACGUGAUGGGGCUGACCAGUGGAGAGAUUACCACCAGUGUCACCGUUUUGACGGAGCCGCCAGCUUUGGUGGAUCUCGGCGGAUUCGAUUUAAGCAAGUACAAUUGUGAAUGA